AUGGAAUUGGUGGAUCUGUUGAUGAUGGCUUCUUGUUCUCAGAAAUUCAAUCGAAAUAUGAAAUCAAUGAUGAGAAGCCGAUUCGACAAGAUACUCACAAUCACUUAUAAGUCGAGUCCGUUCAAUAUUUCCUCAUCUAGUAGUGGAGACGAUCCAUUUAUGAGUGUCAAAACGAGGUAUGAACUGAGAGGUCGUCCUCUUAUCCCAAUGAAUCUAUUCGGAAUGGCUUUACAAGUAAGUAUGCCAACCAGAAAUCAUCCACUUAUGGUACUAUUCAAUAUGGAACAUCAGCUAAUACUACUUCCAUCUAUCCACAAUUACUUCCUCGACUUCUUUGGUUCAUCGAUCAAAUAUCAGUUAAAUGUUGACUACCUGUGGCGACCAUAUUCAAAAAUGAAGAAUAUCAGUAGUACAGAUAUAUCCUAUCACAUAAGAGUAAUUGAGUUCCACGACUUCCUUACGAUCUCUCCUAAUCAGGAUUAUAUCAAACUACCUAAAUUAGAAAGCAUCACAGGGUUACAAUUGGAGAGCUCUUUGGUUGAAAGAAAAUGGAAAUUUGCUAGGACGACAGUGUUAGAUAUUGGUGAAACGGAUCGGUUGGCAGAAGAUAUUUUAUCCAAUUUCGAAGGUAGACAGUUGUUUAUUAACAGAGGAAUCAUAAGCGAUACUGCUGUCAUCCAGUUUCUGAACAAGUGGAGAUCGAAUGAAGCAUAUCAGAAUUUGGAAUACUUCAAUAUUUUUGUGGCAUUUGAACAUCCUCUUAAUCCAAAUCAAAUAAUGAAUAGUAUUUCAAUCAAUCUAUUAGACUCAUCUGAUCAACUGCCAGUUUACCAAUUUGCUCAGAAAGAUCGCUAUCGGAAAGAUACUUGGGGGAUUCACAAAUUCAGCAGUCCAAAUUACAUUGUUCGAGAGACUGAUCAACACGUGGCGUCCAUAACGAUUACGGAUAGAAAUAUCACUUUUGCAGCGUCGAAUAUGACUGAAAAAGAGUUUUUGGAGAAACGCCCCGUCAAGAGACUCUAUUGA